CUCAAACACGUUCGUGGGGUUAAAAGUGUUAAACUCUUCUUGUGGUGGUGUUAACUUAUAACUCUUUUAACCUUCGACGCGUGAGGAUGCAGAGUAUGCUGAUGUUAAUUGGGACAAACUCGGAUUCGGUCUUGUACGGACAGAUUAUAUGUUCGCCACCAGAAGUUGCAGCGAGGGAAACUUCGAACAGGGUUACCUUAGCCGUUACGGCAACAUCGAGCUAAACCCUGCUGCUGGAAUUCUCAACUAUGGCCAGGGACUAAUCGAGGGGAUGAAAGCGUACAGAGGAGAAGACGGUAAGGUUCUUCUCUUCCGUCCAGAACUAAACGCGAUGCGUAUGAAGAUAGGAGCUGAGAGAAUGUGUAUGCAUUCUCCCUCUGUUCAACACUUUAUUGAAGGUGUUAAGCAGACCGUUCUUGCUAACAGGCGUUGGGUUCCUCCUCCUGGAAAAGGCUCAUUGUAUCUCAGACCGUUGUUGUUUGGAAGCGGAGCAAGCUUGGGUGUGGCUGCAGCGCCAGAAUUCACGUUUCUUGUGUUUGGCUCUCCUGUUCAAAACUAUUUUAAGGAAGGCACAGCGGCGUUGAACCUGUACGUGGAGGAGGUAAUUCCACGCGCCUAUCUUGGAGGAACUGGUGGCGUAAAGGCAAUUUCAAAUUACGGUCCGGUGCUUGAGGCGAUGAGAAGAGCGAAAUCAAGAGGGUUUUUGGAUGUUCUGUAUCUUGAUGCAGAGACGGGGAAGAACAUAGAAGAAGUCUCUGCUUCUAAUAUAUUCCUUGUGAAGGAGAAUACAAUAGUGACUCCAGCUACUAACGGAACAAUUCUAGGAGGGAUCACGCGUAAGAGCGUCAUCGAAAUCGCCCUUGACCUUGGUUACAAGGUGGAUGAACGAACCGUUGCGGUCGAAGAACUGAAGGAAGCAAGAGAAGUUUUCUGCACUGGAACUGCCACUGGGGUUGCUUCUGUUGGAAGCAUCACGUUUCAGAACACAAGGAUUGAGUACAAAGUGGGAGAUGCGCUUGUUACACAGCAACUUCGAUCUAUUCUGGUGGGAAUACAAACUGGUUCUAUCCAAGACACUAAGGAUUGGGUUAUGGAGAUUGCCUAAAGUUUUUUUUUAAUAUAAGAAUGUUGCUUUUGAAAUUAUCUAUAAGUUAUUGUUAUAAGUAAAAACUGUAUUGCAGUUGCAUAUAAUCCUAAGUUCAGAUUUGCUU